AUGGCGGCAAGCGCCCCUCCACCUCCUAAGAAGCGCCGUAUCGGUGUCAUGACCAGUGGAGGCGACUCACCUGGCAUGAACGGCGUCGUUCGAUCAGUUGUCCGCACUGCUAUUUACAAGGGUUGCGAAGCCUACGCCAUUCAUGAGGGAUACGAAGGUCUGGUCAACGGCGGCGACAUGAUCUCGCCAAUGCAUUGGGAGGACGUCCGAGGCUAUCUCUCAAAAGGUGGAACACUCAUUGGUACCGCUCGUUGCAAGGCUUUCAUGGAACGUCCUGGCCGCUUAAAGGCAGCGAAGAACAUGAUCCUGAAAGGCAUUGAUGCUCUAGUCAUCUGCGGCGGUGACGGCAGUCUGACAGGUGCUGACAAGUUCCGUUCAGAAUGGCCCAGCUUGAUUGAAGAGUUGGUCAAGGCGGGAGAGCUCAACGCACAGGAUAUUGAACCCUACAAACACCUCAACAUUGUCGGCCUGGUGGGAUCUAUCGACAAUGAUCUCUCCGGCACCGACGCGACCAUUGGCUGCUAUUCCUCACUCGGCCAAAUCUGCAAUGCCGUCGACUCAGUCUUUGAUACUGCGGCAUCUCAUCAACGAGGCUUUGUCGUCGAGGUCAUGGGCAGACAUUGUGGCUGGCUUGCUCUCAUGGCUGCCAUCGCUACUGGCGCAGACUACGUCUUUAUUCCCGAAAAGCCUCCCUCGGCGGGCUGGGAAGAUCAGAUGUGCAACAUCAUCACCAAGCACAGAUCCCGCGGAAAGAGAAGGUCCAUUGUCAUCAUUGCCGAGGGUGCUUGUGAUGAAAACCUAAACAAGAUCACAGCCAAACAGGUGAACGACGUCCUUGCCAAUCGCCUGAACCUCGAUACUCGUGUCACAGUUCUUGGUCACACUCAGAGAGGUGGCACGGCGUGCUUCUACGAUCGCUGGCUGUCCACUAUGCAGGGUGUCGAGGCGGUCAAUGCUGUUCUCGAGGCUACCCCGGAGACUCCCAGUCCAGUCAUCACCAUUCGAGAAAACAAGAUCGAGAGAUCUAAUCUCAUGGAUUGCGUCGCCCUGACAAAGUCGGUGGCCAAGGCCAUUGAGGCCAAAGACUUUGACCGAGCCAUGCAUCUACGAGACGUCGAGUUCAGUGACUACUUCGAAAGUUACUUGAUGACCAUCUCAACAGACAGCCCCAAACUCCGGCUGCCCGAGAAUCAACGUAUGCGCGUUGCUAUCGUCCAUGUUGGUGCACCAGCAGGUGGCAUGAACCCCGCAACCCGUGCCGCAGUCGCUUACUGCCUGACAAGAGGGCACACCCCCAUUGCCAUCCACAAUGGAUUCCCAGGUCUUCAGCGCCAUCAUGCGGAUCAACCCUUGGGUUCUGUACGAGAAGUCAAAUGGCUCGAUGCUGACCCAUGGGUCAAUGAAGGUGGGUCCGAGAUUGGUACAAACCGUGGUCUCCCUAGUGACGACCUUGAGACGACCGCCAAGUGUUUCGAGCUGUAUAAGUUCGAUGCUCUAUUGCUUGUCGGAGGGUUCGAGGCUUUCGCAGCGGCGAGUGAAAUUCGCAAGGGCCGUGAGAAAUACGACUCGUUCAAGAUUCCCCUGAUUGUACUCCCGGCUACAGUGUCCAACAAUGUUCCUGGCACAGAAUACUCACUUGGCAGCGACACCUGCCUCAAUACUCUUCUGGAGUUCUGCGACAACAUUCGCCAGUCAGCCUCCUCGUCUCGCCGCCGCGUAUUCGUCAUUGAAACCCACGGUGGCCGAUCGGGCUAUCUGGCAACGAUGACUGGGCUUGCUGUCGGUGCCCUUGCUGUCUACACUCCAGAAGAGGGUAUCAAUCUCCAUAUGCUUGCUCGAGAUAUCGAAUACCUUCGCGAGAACUUCCGCAACGAUCGGGGAGCGUCCCGUGCCGGGAAGAUCAUUCUUCGCAACGAGAAAGCUAGCGAAACAUAUACGACCAACCUCAUUGCUGACAUGAUCAAAGAGGAAGCUCGCGGUCGUUUCGAAUCACGUGCCGCCAAUCCAGGCCACUAUCAACAAGGUGGUAAGCCGUCGCCGAUGGACCGAAUCAGAUCCCUGCGGAUGGCCAUCAAGUGCAUGGAAUACCUCGAGGACAAAUUUACCGGCGUCACCAAACAGGCAUGUGCUGAUGACCCCAUGUCUGCUGUCGUUAUCGGCAUCCUCGGAUCCGAGGUGGUUUUCAGUCCUUUGGGUGGACCGGAUGGACUGGAAGCUACGCAAACCAACUGGAAGGAAAGGCGCCCAAAGAGCGAAUUCUGGUUCCCCAUGAGGGACACGGUGGACAUUCUCAGCGGUCGGCCGAAGGCAGAUGAUACCUGCCAUGAAUGCGGCAAGGUCUACGUCGACAAUAGACUUGGUCCCGUGAUCUCACGGUCAUCAUAA